GUUUCGUCAGCUGUAUUUGUACUUUCGGUUUGUUUCUUGUGCUUCGUUCGACAGCGAUCCUGAGAAAUGAGCAGUUGGUAGCAAGAUGACGUUGGACUAUUUCUUCGUGUUGAUCUUCUUUUUGAGCUUGAUUUUCCUCAUUUUGAGACUCUGGACCCGUAAUUCAAAGAAAUAUACUAGAAGCAAAGACAAAGACCCGGCUUCUGUCCUUAUGGUCGCAGGAUCAGGGGGUCACACGCGGGAAAUCCUCAGUCUGGCGACAACGCUUGGCAAACACUACAGUCCACGCUACUAUAUUGUUGCAGAGACCGACUCUGUGAGCGAGGCAAAGAUUCACUACUGUGAGAAACAACGUGGUGGAGAUGAUGUACCUCAAGAGUACCAGAUCUUCACCAUCCCCCGGAGCCGAGAGGUGAAACAGUCGUACCUGACCAGUAUUCUCACCACCUGCCGUGCCUCGCUAUCCUCGUUUCCUCUCGUUUUUAAACUGCAGCCAGAUGUGAUACUUUGUAACGGUCCUGGCACCUGCAUUCCCAUUUGUUUUGCCGGCUUGUUGUUAAAGUGGUUCAGUGUGAAGGACACCUAUAUCGUGUAUGUGGAAAGUUUUUGCCGAGUGACUUCGAUGUCUCUCUCGGGGAAGCUUCUCUACCGUUUUGUCGACGCUUUUUUUGUACAGUGGCCCGAAUUGGCGGAGAAAUACCCGGGAGCCAAAUACAUGGGCCCAGUUGUCUCAUGAUCUCUGUGUUGUUCUUAGUUGUCAUGUGUUAGUGAGUGCUGAUAUGUUUUGUUAGUGAGUGCUGAUGUGUUUUGUUAGUGAGUGCUGAUAUGUUUUGUUAGUGAGUGCUGAUAUGUUUUGUUAGUGAGUGCUGAUAUGUUUUGUUAGUGAGUGCUGAUAUGUUUUGUUAGUGAGUGCUGAUAUGUUUUGUUAGUGAGUGCUGAUAUGUUUUGUUAGUGAGUGCUGAUAUGUUUUGUUAGUGAUUGCUGAUGUGUUUUGUUAGUGAGUGCUGAUGUGUUUGGUUGUACCGCUGUCCUUACGUGUAUAUGAUUAAUGUAUGGUUGAGAAAGUUCUUCUUUAUGCAGUUAAACUGGUUUUCUUGUUGCUGUGAAAUGUUUUGUCUUGUGUAAAUAAAAUAUUACGCUCAGUGAUCAUGUCAGCAACGUAAAGCGCUCAGAGGGUAUACUUGUAUGGGAUAGAGCGAUAUAUGAAUACCAUCUAUUAUGUAUUAUUUUUUGGGUAAAAUAAAGAUCACAUCAUUGUUUGUUACAGCCACAGUGGAAAAAAAUUAGCUGGAGCAAUGAAAAAACCCAGCUGAACUUAUUGUACUGAAGGAGGUCAGUGAAGUGGCCAGUUUUCUCAAAGUCCAGGAAGUUUUGCUUUGAUGCCACACUAAUUUUCCAAGUUCCAUUUUUACAGUGCGUUUGAGGAAGUUUAUUUAAAAGGUAAGUUAUGAUUUUAAAAUAUGGUCUAAAAAUCUCAUCGGGUUCUAAAAAAA